AUGAACGCCUACGACGAGUGGAUCCGCGUGAAGGCGGCUAGGAAGGAGUCCUCCCGCCGGUGGUGCAAGCGUCACGGCCUCCAGGAGCAGCGGCUGUACGAGAUAACCAAGCUCAGGCGGCAGUUCGAAGACCUUCUCGGAAGCGCUGGCCUCAUCUGGCUAGGUGCCGCCGCCCAGCGGGCGAGACAGGCGCGCGCCGCGCGCGGAGGGGGGGCGGGGGGGCCGUCGAAGGAAAAGCUCCGGGAGCUCAAGAUGAGGAGGGAGGGUCGGAAGCGGAAGGUGCUCCAAGUCGAUGGGGGGGGUGACGCGGCCGGCGAUGCGGGGGAGGGGGGUAGCGGGGGCGAGGACGCGGAGGAGGCGCGGCGGGAUCUGAGGGGCGAAGUUGGGGAGGGAGAGGUCGACGGCGAAGCGGGCCUGGACCUCUCGUCUCUGGAGUUUUACAUGGCUCAGGAUGUCGAUCAGCUUGCCGAGUCCUCCGGGCGACGCCUCGCUCGAAGAGACGUGGCGAUCAUCAAAGCCAUCCUCUGCCAGGGCCUGUACCCUCAGUUCGCGGUCGCCGACGCCGGCAACGCGGGGCGGGCUUCCAACGAACAGCAGUACGUCACCCGGCCCUCCGGCGGGCUGUUCAUGUCCCCUUCGUCCGUCCUCGCCUGUCAAGACUUCGGCAUCGCCGCAACUGCGGGGGGGUCUGCGGAUGGGAUACAUUCUUCUUCUUCUUCUUCCCGUGGGGCUGCCGCGAAUGCCGGACGUGGCGACGGGUUGCUGUGCUACGGGCAGCUGAUGGAGACGCAGAGGCCGUUCGUGUCGUCGGUGACGCCGCUGCCGGCUCUGCAGACGCUGCUGCUGUUCAGCGCCAGGGUAGACACUUCCGAGGAUGCCUCGCUGAUUCUUUUCGACCAUUGGUUGCUGGUGGAGAUGAGGGGCAGGGACCCCGCGCUCAACGGUCAGAAGCUUCUCGCCGUUGCCUGCGGGCUGAGGGCACGCCUAGAUGCCCUCCUGUCGGGAGCGCUCGUCGAGGCCGAGAGGCGCAAAGGGACCGGCGGCGACGGCGGCGGGUUUCCAGGCGGAGGCGUGCGUGACCAGAGGGCAAAGACGACGACAGGUGACUCGCGACGGGGGGUACGCGGACAAGAAGGUGACCACCUAAUGCUGCAAGAUCUUCCGCCGUUGCUGCUGAUGGCGAGACGGGCGUGGGUGGACGGCGGGCGGCUCGGUGGUGGUGUCGGUGGCGGUGUCGAGGGGGGGCGCGCGGAGCGAGAGUGUGAGCGGGGUGAUGCCGCGGAGGUGGACUGGGCGCAGGAGGCGGAGGCUCUCGCCGUAGACCUGGCGGAGUUCAUGCUGCAGUCCAUCGGGUACGAUGUAAAGUCGGUGUCGCCGCGGCACGUGGAGGCCCUUCUGGUGGACACCCAUCGCCUCACGGACCCCGCGGAAGUGAGGCGCAUCCUGGGGGGGCACCCCAGCCUGCCGGGCGAAGACCAGCAGAACAAGGAGCCUUGCCCCGCAGAGGAAGAGGCGCGGCCUCGAGCGCAGCAGAAGAACCACCAACACAAGCAGCCCGAGGGGGAAGGCGGUGACGAUGACGACGACGACGUCGGCGGGGGAGGCGGGGGGGGAAGGGACGCCCGUGGGGGGCCAGUGGAUGGGACCGUGUCCGGCGGUGGCGGUUGCCGCAACAGCAGCAGCAGCAGCAGCAACAACAACAUGACCGAGCUUUUGGCCACGUUGUCCGGGGCGGUGGAGGAAGAAAUCCGAGGGAGCAAGGGACUGUUCGGCCUCGAGACCGGGGUGCUGGAACGGCUCAAGGGCGGGGCAAGGGUCACCCCCUUCCUGAGGCACGGCAGCGUGCGCCGGCAGGAGUCCUCGGGCAAGGCGCCGCACGGGCUGGCGGCGGGGGGUAUGAAGAAGUGGUGGCGCUGUCCGCGAUGCCACGUUUCGCAGGUCGUCGACCUUAAGGCGAUCCACGAGCACUUCAAGGUCUGCCUGGUCGACCCAGCCGCUGGCGGCAGCAGUGCUUCUGGGGGCACAGUAGCGACAGACGCCUCGGACAAGGGGCACCAAGAAGCCGCGCCGCCGGGGAAAAAGAAAAGGCGCAUGGUCGGAACUUCCGUGAAAGGAAGCGUUCGAAAGUAGAGGAGGCGCCGAGGAGGUCCGUUGGAUACUGAUGCCCCACAAAGAAUUGGCUCCUUUUGUGAGGAACGACCAACUGGACUACCGUCGUAGGCACUUGUGUGUCCUCUUGUCGACGAUGGGUGAAACUGUCCACUGUCGUUCUUCGCCCUGUUAGCCUUGGGGCGGACCAUGCAUUGGUGACCGUAGUCAACAAAUUUGUCGAGAUGGGAAAAGGAGCCGACAAGGCAUGUGGAGCUGGUGGUGUUAGCCCAUAGCCCAUGUAAGUUGGGAGUUCUGAACGGGGAUGCUGGUUGUGCGUAAAAAGGAAGUGUGUUGGAUGUUUUGUUGUUUCUCCUGGAUGUACUGGUACUGCUGUGCGUCUUGAACUGUGAAAACGAAAGCACGCAAAAAGCUGUAUCGAUGUAUUACUCGUGUGUGUUGAGGUAAUACGGUGUUUGUGGCCACCACAUGCCAACUCUCUUGUGCGGCAGACAGAGUCACCUCUCAGUUUUGGUCGUGAUCGGCGUCGUCGUUAA